CAUUGCCCUAGACGCGCUUCUGGCCCGUCGAGGACUGCCCUUGCCUCGCUCCCAUAGUAGUCCCAUCCUCCUGAAGAAUCGACCACCUCUCUUCUUCUCCUUCCUCUCGCAGCGGAAAUCAGCGCUGGAUCGGACUUCUCUCCGGCUGAAGAACGAACAACAGUCAUUUGGUUCCGUAUUAGUAAGCCACCAUGUCUUCAGGAAAAAAGAACAACAAGGAGAAGAUGAUUCGGCGCAAAGAGGAAAAGCUUGAAGAACCAGAAGUUCCCAAGUACAGGGAUCGCGCUAAAGAGAGGAGAGAAGAUCAAAACCCUGAUUAUGAGCCAACAGAACUUGGUUCUUUUCAUGCUGUGGCCCCGCCUGGGACAGUUGAUCUGAGGUCAACUGAUGCUCACAAGAUAUCCAUUGAGAACAGCAAGUAUCUUGGAGGGGAUUUGGAACAUACACACUUGGUUAAAGGCUUAGAUUAUGCUCUUCUCCACAAGGUAAGGAGUGAAAUUGACAAAAAAACAGAUGAUGAUGGUCAAAAGGAUGAAAAGUCUAGGACUUCAAAGGAAGACCAGCCACUUGUAUUUCGCACAGCAACUGCCAAGUCAGUGUAUCAAUGGAUUGUCAAGCCACAAACCAAUAUGAAAGCAAAUGAAAUGUUUCUUCCUGGAAGGAUGGCUUUCAUCUAUAACAUGGAGGAAGGUUUAUCACAUGAUAUCCCUACCACUCUUCAUCGGAGCAGAGCUGACUGCCCAGUCCCAGAGGAAAUGGUUAAUGUCAGCCUGGAUAGUUCUAUUCUUGAACGGAUUGCUAAAAUCAUGACAUAUCUUCGUAUUGGAUCCUCAGGGAAGGUUCUUAAGAAAAAGAAAAAGGACAAAGAAGCUAAAGGAAAGAUUUCUGGAAUUGCUAAUGGUCAUGAUGAAGAGAAACCCAGCCAACACUCUACUGAUAUUUCAAAGCUUCAUUAUGAAAGAGAAAUGCCACCACCUGCCCGUCAGAAGAGAAGUGUCGAGACAAAGGAUAAAAACUCACUCCCAAUCGCCAGAGUUGCAGAGGAUGACAUAUUUGUUGGGGAUGGAGUUGAUUAUAGUGUUCCUAGUAAGGACCUGAGUCAAAGCCCAAUUUCGGAAGACAUGGAUGAAUCACCACGCGUCAGAGAGAAGCAAUCAUAUUUCAGUGAACCAGUUUAUGGACCCAUACCGCCUCCAGAAACUGAUCAAACAUGGCAACAGACAAAUGGGCAUGAUGCCAUUCAAACUCAAAUGCUGGCUACUGGAUACCAAGGAGACUGGUCGGGGUACCAAUACCCUGAGCAAUUGACUUAUGCUGAACAUUAUUUGCAGCAAAAUCCUCAGGAUUAUGCUGCAUUUACAGGAGCAAAUUUACCUCAAGACCCACUUUUAAUGACCCAGGAAGACAAAGACCGUGGUUUAGGAUCUGUUUUUAAGCGUGACGACCAAAGACUACAAAAGCUAAGGGAAAAAGAUGUUAGGGAAAAGGAUCCCAAUUUCAUAUCUGAAAGUUACUCUGAAUGUUAUCCUGGUUAUCAGGAAUACAACCAUCAGGUAGUAGACAGUGAUGAUGAAGAUGACUUGUCAAAAAUGGAUAUGGGUGGCCGGGCGAAAGGUCGUCUUCACAGAUGGGAUUUUGAAACGGAAGAGGAAUGGGCCAAGUACAACGAACAGAAGGAAGCAAUGCCAAAAGCUGCUUUCCAAUUUGGAGUAAAAAUGCAAGAUGGAAGAAAGACGAGGAAGCAAAACAAGGACCAGAAGCUUACUAACGAUCUCCACAAGAUUAAUAAGAUCCUCGCAAGGAAGAAGGCUGAGAGAGAGGGACACGAUGACAAAGGCGACUACGAUGACGAUCCACAACCUGGAAAAAAACUUCGAAUCUGAAGCUAAGGCUUGUAGCAGUUGUGUUGUUAUAUGUAAUGAGUUCUUUGGUGACCGAACAUUAGUAUCUGGUUGGAUGCACUACUUUUAUAGCACAUUUCCUAUGUUAAAUUUGUCGGUCUUGCCCGAUGCUAUACAACUUUUUCUA